ACGAAGCAGCUCAGCCAACAUAAAAAAAGUAAAAAACGAAAACAGCUGCAACCGGAGGUUUAAAUCCGCUUUUCUGCUCGAGGUUUAUUUAAUUUUUUUUUGUUUUUUUAACAAUGUCUUGCAAAUUUGUUUGUACGCGUUCAGUCCGGGGCGUCUGAAGUGCCGAAGUUUGCUCAGGACGAGUUUUAAGGAGUGCGGAGGAAUUUUUUUGUUCGGGCCUCGCUCAAAGGCUCCUUUUGUUAGGAGGAAGGACUCGGAGGCAGCAUGGCCGACGCUCAAGAGCAGUCCAGUGUUCCGAACGGUGGCGCUGAUGAUCCAGAACCGGAAAAAGGAAGAGGCAGCAAAAGCUCCUCGACUUUACCUACAGAGGAUCUGAUACGACCUGAUUCAGUAGAAUUGAGCCCACAGCAGGCGCAGCCAGCUGCAUUAGAGGAAGAGGAGGAGGAGGAAGGGGACACAGACAGCAUGGAUGGCAGCCUUAUGUACUCUUUUGUGGAAGAGGGAAAGGAGCAAGACAGCGAGGGCAGCGGGCGAAGAGAGCGAGCGAAGAAAGACGAGAGCAGGAGAGCAGGCCGGAAGCGGAACCGACCCACGUCACGCCACUCCUCCAGCUCCGACGAUGAUGAUGACGACGACGACGACGACGAUGAUGAAGAAGAUGAUGAUGAUGAUGAUGCAGAAGAUGAAGAGGAGAAUGAAAAGGAAGAGGAGGAAGACAUGGAGGCAUGGUUUGGGGCAGAGGUAAAGGAAAUGGGCGGGCCUAAGUGGCGCGCGGUGCCGUCUCUGCGGGCUCGGGAGAUUGGGAAGAACUCUGCACAGUUUGCGCGGAGUGUGUGCGGCUCUCGAGGCCUGGUCCAGCGCUUGGAGCUGCAGGCUCGGCUGGAGCGGCACAGUGGGUGCGUCAACACGCUCCACUUUAACCCCUCCGGGACACGCCUCGCUUCGGGCAGUGAUGACCUGCGUGUGGUCAUCUGGGAUUGGGCGAGACGCCGUGCCGAGCUCGAGUUCGACAGCGGACACAAGAGCAACGUCUUUCAGGCGAAGUUUCUCCCUCAUAGCGGAGACUCCACGCUGGCCAUGUGUGCUCGGGAUGGGCAGGUCAGAAUAGCCGAGCUGUCUGCCACGCAGCGCUGCAAAAACACAAAACGAGUGGCUCAGCACAAAGGCGCCGCACACAAGCUGGCCCUGGAGCCGGAUUCGCCCUGCUGUUUCCUCUCCACGGGAGAAGAUGCCGUUGUGUAUGGCAUUGACCUGCGAAUCGAUCGACCUGCCAACAAACUGGUGGUAGUGAAAGAAAGCGACAAGAAGGUGGGUUUGUACACCAUCUACGUGAACCCAGCCAACACGCAUCAUUUUGCCGUUGGAGGAAGAGAUCAGUACCUAAGGAUCUACGAUCAGAGGAAAAUCAACGAAAACGACAACAACGGUGUUCUGAAGAAGUUCUGUCCAUCUCACCUGGUGUCCAGCGAAUCCAAAACAAACAUCACCUGCUUAGUGUACAGCCAUGACGGCUCAGAGCUGCUUGCGAGUUAUAAUGACGAGGACAUUUAUCUGUUUGACUCGAGCCAUAGCGAUGGUGCCGAUUAUCGCCGGAGAUACAAAGGACACCGCAACAAUGCUACAGUGAAGGGCGUGAACUUCUACGGGCCUUGCAGCGAGUUUGUAGUGAGUGGAAGCGACUGUGGACACAUUUACCUGUGGGACAAACACUCGGCCCGUGUGGUGCAGUUCAUGGAGGGUGACCGAGGCGGAGUGGUGAAUUGUUUAGAGCCUCACCCUCACCUGCCUGGUCUGGCCACCAGCGGCUUGGAUCACGACGUUAAACUCUGGGCUCCGACUGCAGAGAACCCCACCAGCCUGAAAGGCCUCAAAGAGGUGAUGAAGAAGAAUAAGCGUGAGCGUGACGAGGACAGCGUUCGGCACGGCGAACAGUACGACACGCAGCUCCUCUGGUUCCUGAUGAGACACAUGAGGAACCGCAGACCUUUUCGAUCUCAGAGCCGACACGGAGAAGCCGGAGAUGGAGACACAGACACAGAGUCCUGGAGCUCUCCAGAAUCUUCCGAUGAUGAGGACGGAGGCCCUGACCACGUCCAGUGCAUGUCCUCCUGAGCCCCACACACACACACACACACACACACACACACACACACACACACCGCCCAUGACCAUGUAUUUAAACACACACACACACACACACACAGUAGUUAUGCACUGAUAUACACACUGCGAGUACAACGGCAGCAAAACACACACACACACACACACUGCUUUAUACAUAGAGUGAAGGUGAGAUGAAUGGAAUGUAGACAGACACACACACACAUGCACGCAGAGUAACUACAGGCAAGAAUGUGAUGAAAGAAUUGAUAUUUUUUAUGUUUCUGAUCAACACACACACAGAUUUCAGCCCAUCUACUCUCUCUCUCUCUCUCUCUCACACACACACACACACACACACACACACACACACACACACACACACACACAGACAGAGUGUUCCCACAGAAGCAGCUUCACUUUACACACUGGAGGAGUCGAGGACGAGUUUACGGCUUCUUGCUCUCCUGUUCCUGUUUUCCGGACAUCACGGACCCUACAGAGGACGAUUCGGUGGUGGUGACGUUCGAGCGUGUGCUUCUUUAGGCCCUUCUUUUUUCCGAAGAGCCACCAUCACCACGUAGCGUCUCGAACGCGGACCUCGAGCAUCUCUAAGGAACGGAGGAAAGGAACAACAGCCGUGUCGGCGUCCUGACUUUUCCUUGAGUGUUUUUUUGUUUUUUUUUGUUUUGUUUCGAGGACAGAAAUCAGCAAAUUGCUGUCUGCCCUGCGGAUUCCUUGGGCUCGAUCCAAAAUGGCUCGCGGUUGGACACUUGAUGGAGCGUGGAAGCCAUUUUUUAUACCCUAAGUAGUGCACUUACUGAAUCCCACAUGAGUAACUAUUGGACACGUGAUAUCUAUAAUAUCUCAAAUUGAUAAUGUAGUGCACUACGUUUCACACCCUUUGUAGUGCACUUACUUAAAUCUGUAUAUAGAGAGAACUGAAUCCCAACCGGAUAACCAGUGAACAGAUGAUGGUGGAUGACAUAGUGUACCCUAGGUAGUGCACUACGUAGGCUCUUUAUGUAGCUAGUAUGUAUAAGGUGUAAACACCUUGUACAUAUUUCCAUACCCUAUAUAGUGCACUUACACAGCUAGUAGGGGUUGUUUGACUUAUAGGGGAUGACAUCUACCCUAUAUAGUGCACUGUGUAGGGCAUUUCUGCAGCUAGUAUGGAUUUAAAUCUCAAAUGGUUAACGUAGUGCACUUGAUAGGGUGGAGAAGCCAUUGUUUUUUCAUGCCAUUUGAGACCUACAGGACGACACCUACCCUAUGUAGUGCACUAAUAAGAUGACGGAAUGGUUUCUACAUUUUACGUAGGUCCCUUACGUAGCUUGUGCACUACAAAGAGUUUAGAAGCCCUUAGUUCAUGCCCUAUGUAGUGAGCUUGUCUUUAUCAUGGCUUUGAGUCCUAAUAGCUGGACAUAGGGCAUUACUUAUGGUAACUACGUAUUGUUAUUUUAUACCUUCUUUGGAUGUAGGAUCCUUAUGGCCAUGGGGCGCUGAAAGACACAUCGAUGUCUAUUGGACACUGAGUGCACUACGUAGGGUUGAGAAGCCAUUGUUUUGUGUAUGAAGUAGAGCUCCAUUUGGAAUUGAACCCGCUUCUCAGAUCUGCACUCUAGCAGGAAAAAAGCGGGCCAGCCUGGUCCCAAUCCUACGUCUUGUUCCCCUCUGCCGUGCUUCCUGAGUGCACUUUAAUCAGGGAUCUGUUCAUUUUUUGAGUCUCUAAAGACGAGCGUGCACUUAGAGGGCUUGCAAUACGUAACAUAUUUAACUUUUUUUUUUCUUUUUUUUUCUUCUAAACGUUUGAAAAUUUGGUACUAGAUAUAUUUGCACUUGAACGGAAAAUUUGGAUGUGAGCUCCUCUUAAAAGUGGUGUCCUUCCUUUAGAAAAGAAAAAGAAAAGGGAAAAGAAAAAAAAAAGCUCUGUAUUAAAUCCCCCCUCCUCUUUGAAGUGUGCAUGCAAGUAAAGAUUGUAGCACAGCAAACAUUCUAUUUGGGACGGAACCUGAUGCUUCGAGUUGUGGUUUGCUUUUGUUUUUUCAUAAGUACAGGCGAAACGAUUAUUAUUAUUUUUUUUUAAAAUCAUGAUCAUUUCAUCACAGUCUAUGAUAUUACCACUUGUAUACUUGGACGUAGCACGUUAUAUACGUCAGAAGUCACGUGUGGUGACGCUAACUAGAUUAACGUAACCGUGGAAACAACUGAGGAGGUUGGGACAUUCGCGGCGAUACAGUGUUUCGAAUUGUUUUGUGACGUCGUGUAGCGGAUAUACUGAAGGAGUGAGGACAAUGUGAUACUUUUGUGUCAUUUACAACUUUAACCAGCGCUACUUUCGAGAAGGUCGACGAUACUUUCUGUUCAAACUGGCUUUUUUUUCUUCUUUUUUUUUUUUUUUAGAGGAAAACCGUGAUUUGCAUGCACUCGUCUCAUCGUACUGGGCUGCGUACUAAAUAGCAGACUAUUUUGGUGUACUAUUUUGUCGUGAUUAUUUAGUAACGUGCUAUUUCGGACGCAGCCGUCGGCCCGCUUUAGGAGGGGGGCUGUCCUUAACUUAAUUUUCUUCUUUUCACCAGGGGAAAGAAAAGUUUUUGCUUUUUUUGUAAGGGGUGGGAUAAGUUAAAUGACUUUGUAUGUACAUAUGAAUAUAUAAUUAUAUAUAAAUAUAUAAAUACAUAUAUUAAAAAAAAACCUGUAAAGAACUCCACUUCCGCCGCCAUCCUCCGAAUUUGAUUCAGAGAUUUAUAUUGUAUACGGAAACGGAUUUAAAAAGGAGAGGGGAAAAUAUAUUUUUUUCCCUUCUCUGAAUGAUCUCAAAGUCAUGAGCAUCACCUACCAAUCUUGAGUUGUGUUCUCUUUUCCUUUGUUCUUCUCUGAAAGACCCUACAUCACCUACAAAUCGAAGUUACUCUUGUUUUUUUUCCUCCUUUUUUUUUUGUAUAUGGCCACACCCUUCAGCUUCACACAAAAAAAGGCUUUUAAAAAUUUAAUUUCCUUUUUUUUUGCUUCUUUUUGAUUGUUGAGUUAUCGCACCGCUGCCUAAUAACUGUUAUUGGUUCAGUUGAGAAAACAUGUACAACUUGUGCAGUUAAAAAAAAAAUAGAAAAGGCUGUUUAUGA